GGGAUGUCGGGGAGAAUUUUGCGAUUUUAGAAGAGAUUUGGGGAAAAUUUGUGCAUUUUGAGGGGGAAUUUUGCAUUUUUUGUGAAAGAUUUCGUUGAUUUGAGAGAGAUCUCGAAAUUCCGGCCCCAGUUCCCACAUUUUCCUGCAGAUUUCCUCCCAAAUUCCCACUUUUUUCCCUCAUUCCAACCCCAAAAUUCCACUUAUUUGUUGGUCAUUCCCACACCAAAAAGGCCCCCUGGAAUUCCUGAGAAUCCUAGCAGAAAAAAUUCCAAAAGAAUCCCCCCAAAAACUCUCAAAAAUCCCAGAGUGAGACGAGCAGAAAGGAGAGACCCCAAAACAGAUUUCUGGGAUAAAUCGUGAUUUUUUUUAUUUAUUUACUUUUCGGGAAGACUUUUGGGGCGGAAUUUUUGGGAUUAACGGAAAAGGAGGAGUGGGGGAAAAAAGGUGGGAUUUGGGAAAACGGGAGGGAUUUUAUGGAAGAAAAAGGCAGGAUUUGGGGAAAAAAAAGGCGGAUUUGGGAAACAAAAGAGGUGGAUCCGAAAUCCUGCUGGAUCUGAGAUUCCGCCGGAAAAGAAACAAAAUUUAAAAAAUUAAAAUAAAUUCGACUGAUAAAAAAAAUUGAAAUAAAUUAAAGGAAAUGAAUUGGAAAUGAAUCAAAGGAAUUCAAAAUGGCGGUGACGCCCCCGCCGCCAUCUUGCGGCGCGGCGGUGCCGUAACAGAAGAUGGCGUCACCCAGCGAGCCACCCCCGCUGCCGUUCCUCGCCGCAUUUCAAACCGAACCGGGGCCAAACCGAACGCGACGGUUCAGCAGCACCGAUUUCACUCCCGGGACUGAUUUGAGCUCCCCAAACCGGGCGAGAGGCAGGGAAACGGAGGGCAGAGGGAGCCGCCAUGUUGUACGGCAGGAGGAAGAUGGCGGCUCUUCCUUUUCCGGAUUUUUUACCUCAAAUCGGGGCCAAAUCGGGCGAGACGGAUCCGCCAUCACCGUUUAACUCCCGACACCGAUUUAAACCCAAGGGGAAGCGGGAGAACGGCAGAAAUUCCGGGUUUUAAAAAGCAGGGGCGCCGCCAUGUUGUACGGCAGGUGGAGGCGCGGGGAACUUCCGGUUCCGGUGGGGGAGCGGCCCCGCGGCGGCGGCGGAGCGGGGGCUCCCCCUGUCCCAGUCUCCCAAAACUCGUUAAAAAUUCCCAAAAAAAUUCCCAAAACAAUGGAUUGAGCCCCUCCCCCCCCUUGGAUGGCCCCCUGGAAUUUUGGGGGAUCCCAAAAUGGGGGAUUCGGAAAAUCCCGGGAAUCCCCCCGAGGAGGAGGAGGAGGAGGAGGAGGAGGAGGAGGAGGAGGAAGAGCUGGACCCCCGGAUCCAGGAGGAGCUGGAACACCUGAACGAGGCCAACGCUGAAAUCAACCGCGGGGAGCUGGAGCUGGAUGCGCAGCAGGAGACGCAGCGGGCGGCGCUGCGCUACGAGCGGGCGGUGGGCAUGCACAACGCCGCGCGCGAGAUGGUCUUCGUGGCCGAGCAGGGGAUGGGCACCGGCAAGAACCGCCUGGACCCCACCUGGCAGGAGAUGCUCAACCACGCCACCAGGAAGGUGAACGAGGCGGAGCAGGAGCGGCUGCGGAGCGAGCGGGAGCACCGGCGCGCCACGCGGCUCUGCCAGGAGGCCGAGGCCGAGGUGCAGCGGCUGCAGAAAUCCCUGCGGCGCGACAUCGCCCGCAGCCGGCCCUACUUCGAGCUGAAGGCCCAGUUCAACCUGCGCCUCGAGGAGGACAAAUCCCGGGUGAAUUCCCUGGAAUGCGCCGUCUCCCAGGCCAAGCUGCGCUACGCCGUGGCCCUGCGGAACCUGGAGCAGAUCAGCGAGGAGAUCCACGCCCGGAGACUCCAGAGGAUCCUCCGGAAAAAAAAACUCCGGGAGAGCCCCCUGGGAGCCGAGGGCGGCCCCCGGAGCGCCGAGAUCCACGGCAUUCCCGGGAAAAGCCCCGGGAUUCCCGGCGACAUCCCCAAAAGUCCCGUGGAGAUCCCCCGGAUUCCCGGCGAAACCCCCGGAAUUCCCGCAGAAAUCCUGGCCGGAACGGGCGGAAUUCCUGAGGAAAAUCUUCCCAGGGAGGCCUCAUCUGGAAUGGGAAGAAUCCCUGGAAUUCCGUGCGAAAAUCUUGGAAUUCCGACAGGAAUUCCCAGGGAAAAUUCCAGCGAAACCCCAGCCAGAACGAGCAGAAUUCCCGGAAUUCCGAGUGAAAUUCCCGGAAUUCCUGACGAAACCCCGGCCAGGACGAGCAGAAUUCCCGGAAUUCGGGGGGAAAUUCCCGGAAUUCCUGACGAAACCCCGGCCAGGACGAGCAGAAUUCCGGGAAUUCUGGGGGAAAACCUCCGAAUUUUGGGUGAAAUUCCCGGAAUUCCCGACGGAAUCCUGGCCGGAACGUGCGGAAUUCCCGGGGAAAUUCCCGGAAUUCCGCGGGAAGCGUCGCCAUCCGGGGAUUCGCUGUCGCUGCUGAGCCUGCAGAGCAUCGCCUCCGACCUGCAGAAAUUCGACUCCGUGGAGCACCUGGCGGGAAUUCCGGGAAUUUCGGGAAUUCCGGACGCGCUGAGCCUGCACAGCGAGGAGCUGGGCGAGGGCCGGGAGCGGCGCCGGAAUUUCCGGCACCACCGGAGCGUCAGCCUCUGAGAGCCGGGAGCAAAUCCGGGAAUUCCCCAAGAAUCCCAAGGGAGUUCACCAAAAACCCCGGGGAAUCCAAAAAAAUCCCAGGAAAUCCCCAAAAAUUCCAAGGAAAUCCCGGGAAAUCUGGAAAAAUCCCAGCAAAUCCCAAAGAAAUCCCACAAAAUCCUGGGAAAUCCUAAGGAAAUCCCACCAAAUUCUGGAAAGUCUCGUGAAAAUCCCACAGAAUUCCAAGGAAAUCAAAAAAAAUCCCAUGGAAAUCCCACACAA